UGCGCGAUGGUUAGUCGAGUGUGGUGCUGUAGCACAUUUUGCAUGUACUUUCAGCAAAUUUAAGACUUUUUAGUGUUGAAAUGGACAGUUAAUUGUUUAUAAAUUAUAUCUUCAUAAUAACUAACAUAUCUGAAGUGUUUUUCUUUAAUUUAUGUUAAUGGUAAGGCGAUAGAAAAACGAAUUUCAGAACAAGUGAGAAAUAACCUCAAAAUUGUGCGUCAGACAGCUGUAGUAUUUGUCAGAGAAAUGAUUGCCGACUUUGACGACGAUACCCACUUUUGUUUAAAAUGCCACACGACUAUUCUAGGAUUAGAUAACUACGUAACACACAGAAAAUCAGGAUGUCACAAAAAUAUCCAUCCAGAUCCCUCAAAAUCGCCUCUUCCAAGCCAUCUUUUACCGCCAGAUGAAAUCGGUUUAAAGGCAGACGAUUUCUUUUCUUCACUGGAACUGAGAAGUAGUUCUAAAAAAACUACGCAGUCAACAUCAGGCAAAAACUUCAGUGGAAUACUUACAAGAAGUAAAACGACAGCAGCUAUACAAGCUAGUACCAGCAGAGACCAAACUGAACCAUCGCAAUCAAAAUCUGGAAAAAAUGUUUGGAUCGGUGGAAGUCAAAUCAAAGAUCUAGGCACCGGUGACAACCAGUCGAAAUUAAUUAAAGCUGUAGCCAAUCUUGAAAGAAGGAAAGAUAAUGCAACAUGCCAUUCUCCACCAAGAUUAAGUCAAGUUUAUGACGAAUCCGAUGACGAAUCUGAUGAAUAUGAAACGGAAGAGGAGGAUUCUGAAGAAGAAGACUAUGCACCACCCAGAAACUAUACUGGGGGAAAAUGGAAACCGUCCUCUCCAAUUCAGUGGACUACCAAAAACGAAAAUAGAGAAUGGGCAAUUCCACCGCCUUCAUAUACAGGUGGAAAAUGGAAACCAAGGCGUCCUCCUUCUCCACCACCAUCACAUACGAAAGGGAAAUGGAAACCUUCAGAAGAUGACGGUCAUAGUAUGACUGGAGGAAAAUAUCCACCUCCUGGACAUACUAAGGGCAAGUGGAAACCAGUCAGAAAUGAUAAUGAAGAGGAAUAUACAGCUACUAAUUAUACAAAAAGUAAGUUAAAAUCGAAAGCUGAAACUGAUGAUGAUAAAUGUUCUCCACCGACCCAUACAAAAGGUAAAUGGAAGCCUCAAAAUAAAUCUGAGGAUUGCCAUGGACCUCCAUCUACUCAUACUAAAGGAAAAUGGAAACCAAGUUCAGAAGAAAUGGAAAUAGCUUCACCAACAGAUACGAAAGUAAAAUGGAAACCUAAGUCUGAGGAUAGCACAGUUCCUCCUCCAUAUCACACAAAAGGAAAAUGGAAACCAAAAUCCAUGUCAGAGAUCGAAAAUUCCUCAGUUAAUAUUACAGAAACACCAAAAGAAAAAGUCUCCGUUGUCAAACCAAAAGAUAAAAAAGAAACAGUUGUUUCUGUCAACCCUUUAAAACCUCCAGAACACCAUACUAAAGGAAAAUGGAAACCAUCUGACGACUCUUCUGAUAAUAUUGAUAUCAAAUCAAACAAGACGAAAUUACAGCUGAACAAAAACGAUAACUGGUUAUCUACGUCCCCAAUAUUAGACUUCAAAGAAUCAGAUGGGUCUCCAUUUAGGAAGUCCAAUGGAACGGUACAAUAUUGGUGUAGUACUUGUAAUCGUAGGCUAGCAUCGAAAAUUGUCUACGAGCGUCAUUUGAAAUCGGAUCUUCAUUUUAAAAGAACUCGACCAGAAGGCGAAUUUGAUGAUGGUGCAGCAAUAAGAAGAAAACGUAUUAAAUUAGAAUCUGAAUCGGUUAAGCCACCAGUAGCUGAAAAUAAGGUCAAAGAACCAACGAACUAUGAAAAGAAAAGAAAGCGCAGAAAGAUUUUUGAAAUAUGUAAGGUAUGCCAAUCAAAAGUCAAUAAAUACCUUAUGGGCAAACAUUUGAUAUCUCAUUAUCAUUGUCGAAAAGGAGAUAUUUCGACUGGAGCUGCUAAAACUAUGGUUUUAGAGAAUAUACAUAGCAUUAUUCUGGAAAGUCCAUUUCAGUGCCACGUCUGUAAAUUUUACUGUAACAAUCAGGAACAAUUCUUAGAACAUUGGCAAUCUAACUUGCACAAAACCAAAAAUCAAUCUUACCCAGGUUAUUUCUUAUGUGCAUUUUGUAAACAACGUUGCGAAGAUUCCGACAGUAUGUUUAUUCACUUAAGUUCACCCGAACAUCUAGAAGUAGUAUCGGUGAUUAAUCGAUCAGUGCCGAUCACCAUCAAAAAAAUUAAUGAACUUUCCUGUCUAAGUUGUAACAAGAAAUUCACUCUCAAUAUUCAAUUAUUAAAUCACUGUAGAAAUGUUGGACAUAAUGCGACGAACGUCAAUGUAUUUAAUAAGGAAAGUUAUCAGUGCGAGCACUGCGUCAAGGUAUUUUACAGUGCUGUUUCUAUACAAAGACAUAAAAAACUUAAACACAAAGAAGACUAUUUUUUCUGUACAGUAUGCAAUUUGAAGUUUAAAAACAAAUUAGAAGCCAGGAAGCAUCGGAUGACUUCAGCACAUAGAUAUGCUACUUUGGAAAAGAGAAAACUAAAAGGUAAAAGCUUAAGAAGAAAAUGCGAAUAUUGUGACGAAUAUUUUUCAAAUUUCUUACUAUUAAAAGAACAUUUAAAAGACCAACAUCCCGAACAUAAAAUAAGGUGUCCGCAUUGUGGGACUAAAUUUACGGUUACUCAAGAAUUAACAAAUCAUUUACGAACCAAAUCGUGUAAGUUCGCAGAAACCCCAGAAGAAGAUCUUUACAAAUGUGAGAAAUGUCCUUUCACAUCUAAUUCGACUUCGGAAUUACUCUUUCAUGUGGCGCUACAUGAUGAACCGUUCCUAGAAUACUCUGCAGACACAUCAGGUGUAACAGUGAAAAGUAAACCUGUUCCAAAAUACAAGUGCCCUCUUUGUUUGAAAUUCUUUCCAAAACACUCACUACAAGCCCAUAUACGACUACAUACACAAGAGCGACCCUACGCAUGCAAAUUCUGCAGUGCAACAUUUGCUAGAAAAAAUAACUUGUUGUUUCAUCAAAAAAAUCACGAGAAAAAUGAACACAUUAAGCCUAAGAAACCGGUCAGCGAUGAGAAGAGUUUCUUAUGCUCAACAUGCGGAUCCGGAUUUAACAAAAAGUUUACUCUUCAACAACAUAUGUUAACUCAUAGUGGAAAAUUAUUUCGAUGCCCAGAAAGUGACUGUUUCUAUACGGCAAGAAAAAUGAGUGAACUACGAGAACACUUCAAAUAUCAUAGUGACGAAAAAAACUUCGCCUGCGAAAUUUGCAGCUAUAAAGGAAAGACUAUGAAGCAACUUAAACAGCAUCAAACAGUCCACGCAGAAGAAAAACGAUACCGUUGCUCACUUUGUGACUUUAAAUCAAGAACUACUUCUCACCUGAAAAGACACAUUCGACUGCAUACUGGUGCAAAACCUUACAACUGCCCUCAUUGUGACUAUAGAUGCAACAGUUUGGAAAAUCUUCGCAAACAUAUUUUAUCCACAACGAAACAUCCCGGGAAAUCUAUUUACGAAUGUAAAUUCUGCAUCCAGUCUCCUGCUUUUGAAGCAAAUUUCGCUAAAGAUUUUAAAAAACAUCUGCUGUUAGAACACCAUGAUACGUUUGCUAAUAAUAAAGAUGCGGCCUCUUACAUUGUGGGGAUAUAUGAAGAACAAGAAGACACCAGUUACUUUAUUGACAUCGUGGAUGAUCUAGAUCAACCUGGACCUAGCAGCAGUAUGGAUCCUAAACCUGACUCGACAGACAACAUUCUGAAGCAAAAAACGACUGAAGAUCCUGUGGUUCCACAAGUAACAGCUCCGUCAGAUAUUGCCAGCAAGGAAUCUACAUUAGACCAAAUGUUACCGAUGUUUAUCAUUCCUAAAGACGAUACCGAUAAUGUGGAAGUCACUCCCGACUCUUGGAAUCUUAUUGGACGGUACGACGUGGAAGAAUCAGGAACGCUCGUACCAUUUCAAAGCGAAGAAGAAGACGAAUUAUUCCAAGAACAUUUUUGA